AUGGCACCUAUCCCAGGAGUCAUUUGCAAAGCAGCUCGCUUUGAGAACCUGUGCAGCAUAAACUGGACAGACUACAGCACGUACACCAAGGUAACGACAACUGGCAAGCAUACUAGCUGCAACAAGCUGGUAAACUUCUCUCACAAACUCCAGGAGCUGCCAUGUUUGCCCAUGGUCAUUGGGAGCGUUCUUUUUGCGAUGAUCGUGGUGGGCAUUGUCGCCCACUUUUGCUUUCGGGGAAGGCACAGGCAUCCGCGGCAAACUGCAUCUCCCGAGGAUAAGAUGAAGACAGAGGGUGCUGAGUAUCUGGAUGUGGUUGAGGAACCCCGCUCAGAUGGCUGGAUGUGUUUCAUUCUGGCCUGCCAUGCUGCCAUUACCCUCGGUGGUGUCUGA